GCGCCAAAAAAGACAGGGCUGCAGCGACGCGCCUGAGGCUCCAACAAACACGGGGACCAGCGCGCCGCGUUCUCAAGGACCACAAGAACUGCCCUGAGCCGCCGCGCGUGUCUCCGGUCCGCCCUCGCCGCGUAACAAAAAGAAGUGCGGUGAGCACUUAGCGCGCCAAACGCCACCGCGGCCAGCGCGGAGCGCCCCCGAGCGCUAAAAAACCAUGGCCAUGUACCGCCAACGCCAAGCAUUAGAUCCCAUCCUCGAGCGCCAGCGCCACGGCGGCAAGAAAGCCAAGGUGAGCAAGGACGCGCCGCCCGGCGCGAGAUUGAGAGCUUUGGUGGACCGCUGCCCCGACGACGUCGAGACGCGAGCCGCCCGGCUCAUCGGCGAGUGGCGUCGUCUAGGAAUUGAGCCCCAGCCGCCGCGCGACGCCGCGCGCUUAGGCGCCGACGUCUUCUCUUUGGUCUGUUCCUGCUCCGUGCGACCGAAGCUCGCGCCGGUGCUCGAGUUAUUACUCGAUGAAGAAGACGGCCUGAACGCGGACCCGAACCUCGCGACGCCGUCGGGGCUCACGCCGCUCCAUCUCGCGGCGGAGUACGACAACUUCGCCGCCGUGGCCUGCCUCAUCCGCCACGGCGGGGACCUGCAAGCCCGAGAGCACGCCUUCGACCGCAUGCCCGUGCACGUGGCGGCGGCCUACGCGGGGCCGGUGACGGUCAUGUCCCUGGUCGUCGAGACGGGCCGGCAGAUCGAGGACGAGAUGCUCGACGCGGGCGCGGAUCCGGAGGCGACGGCGCGCGCGGCGUCGGCGCGGAUUUUAGAUGAUGCGAGCAAGCAGGGGACGCCGGCAGAGCUCGCGAAGAAGCGCCUGCCGGACGAGGAGUCGUGGCGCGUGCGCAAGGUGCUGGUCGAGGGCGCGUGGGACGAGGCCUGGCUCGAGAAGGAGAAGAACGAGCCGGACCCGGGCCCCUGUGGGGAUGAGAUGCGGGCGCUGCUGCGCGGCGAGGUCGUCGAAGAGAUUGAAGAGGAGGAGGUCGUGCCUGAGGCAUUACUGGCGCCGGCCACGGGCAAGGAGAACGCGGGCCUCGGGCCGCGCGCCGUGACGAUGGAGACGGGCGCGCCGCUGCCGGAGCAGCCCCAAGGCCUCGGCGAGCGCACCGUGACGCUCGACCAGCGGGCGGACCCGGUCGAGCUCGUCGGGCGCGGGCCGCCGCCCGUCACGCCGGUCUCGCAGGACGACGCGGCGCCGCCGCCGGCCGCGCCGAGCUGGUUUCCGCCGGCCGAACCCGUCACGCAGGACGAGGACGCGCCCAUGCCGCCCGCGGCCGACGACGACGACGACGACGUCCCAACGCCGCAGGCGCCGGCCGUCGUCACGCCGGCGACGAAGCCCCGGCGGCCGCGCCGCCCGCCGCCGGAGCUCUACGUGCCGCCGCCCGCGCCGACGCCCAAAAAGCGCUCCAAGCGCAAGGCCCCGGCGCCGGCGGGGCCGCCACGCCGCCGCUCCCGCAACUCGCAGCCCGCGUACACGUCCGCGGACUUUGCGCGCGUCGUCGCCGAUGAGUACGCGCGCCGCGUGACGAAGAAGCCGGCGACGCCGCGCAAGCCGCCGCGCGCGCGGCGCGUGACGCCCGACAAGCCGGCGCCGCGGCGCCGCCCGGCGCCGGUCGUCGAGGACGACGAGGCGCCGCCCUUCGCCCCACCGGUCGAGGACGACGAGGAGGCGCCGCCCUUCGCCCCA